UUGUCGGAGAUGCUCUAAUCGGAAAGUAGGCGGCAAGACUAAAGAAACCGAAGAUGGAGAUUGUCCUCUGUUAGCUUAUUCCAAUCGAUGUAUAGUUCAAAACCUUUAGAAAUGCAGUUUGAUGAGAUCAAGAAAUUCCGCCGUGAUCAUGGGGGAUUUCGUGAAAGAAAUCCUCGUGAAGCCGAUACAGUACGCGGACGAGGUUGUAAAGUUGGCGGACGGCGCCAUUUCUUUCCGCCAAGAUUGCCUGGAAGUCAAGACCAAGAGUGAGAAGCUCGUGGGCCUCCUCCGCCAGGCCGCGCGAGCUAGCGGAGAUCUCUAUGAGCGGCCCACGCGACGAAUCAUUGACGACACGGAGCAAGUUCUCGACAAGGCCUUGACGCUCGUGCUCAAGUGCCGCGCCAAUGGCAUCGCCCGCAUUUUCACCAUAAUCCCAGCAGGGGCCUUCAGGAAAAUCACCCAACAGCUUGAGAAUUCUAUUGGAGACGUUUCGUGGCUCCUUCGUGUGUCGACCCCUGCGGAUGAUCGUGACGACGAGUAUCUGGGACUGCCUCCAAUCGCGGCAAACGAGCCGAUUCUAUGCUUGAUAUGGGAACAGAUUGCGAUCUUGUGCUCGGGUACGAUAGAGGACCGGACGGAUGCUGCUGCUUCGCUUGUGUCGUUGGCACGGGACAACGAUCGAUAUGGGAAGUUGAUAAUUGAGGAAGGAGGGGUUGGGCCAUUGUUGAAGUUGGCCAAGGAAGGGAGAAUGGAAGGGCAGGAGAGUGCUGCCAGGGCAAUUGGGCUGCUUGGGAGGGAUCCGGACAGCGUCGAACAGAUUGUGAAUGCAGGUGUCUGCCAGGUGUUUGCGAAAAUCCUCAAAGAAGGGCACAUGAAGGUUCAGGUUGUGGUUGCUUGGGCCGUCUCGGAAUUGGCUGCUCAUCAUCGCAAGUGCCAAGAUCAUUUUGCUCAAAGCAACGUUAUUCAGUUGCUGGUUAGUCAUCUUGCUUUCGAGACCAUUCAAGAGCAUAGUAAGUAUGCUAUACCCACUAAACAAGCCAUGUCGAUUCACUCAGUUGUGAUGGCUAAUACCCAGAAGAAUGACAUGGACGUUACUGAUGCUAACUAUAGGACUAACGAACAAGAUGAUGAGUGUAAGAGUAAAAUUCAGCGUCCAAUGGGGAUGUCAACGAAUAGCCAAAUGCACAAUCUGGUGACAAAUACUAUGGCAGUGAAAACGCCAACGGUGCCCUCUAACGAGCAAGGCGAGGGACAGCCUCAAGCCAACAAUUAUGAGGCCACUCAGCAGAACAUGAGAACUAAUCAAAACCGCAAAAAAAAAAGUCGCCACCACCGCCAACAUCAUAGGCCACAUACUGCCAUUAGUGGAGACAGCAUUAAGGGUAGGGAAUUUGAAGAUCCUGCUACUAAGGCAGAAAUGAAAUCCAUGGCUGCCAGAGCACUUCGAUAUCUCUGUGCAGGAAAUGUUACAAUUUGUAGGAGCAUAACAGAAUCUAGAGCCCUUUUAUGCUUUUCUGUGUUGAUUGACAAAGGUCCCGAAGAAGUUCAAUACAAUUCAGCCAUGGCGUUAAUGGAGAUCACGGCUGUGGCUGAGCAAGACGAAACGUUGAGGCGUUUGGCUUUUAAGCCUACUGCACCAGCUUGCAAAGCUGUAGUGGACCAGUUUCUCACAAUUGUACAGAAAGCAGAAUCAGAAUUACUCAUUCCUAGCAUUAGGUCUAUUGGGAACUUGGCAAGAACUUUCCGUGCAAGUGAGACACGAUUUAUUGGCCCAUUGGUAAGGUUGCUUGACGACCGGGAACCAGAAGUUACUAGUGAGGCAGCUGUAGCACUCAACAAAUUUGCCGGACCCAAUAAUUUUCUCAAUGUCAAUCACUGCAAAUCCAUAAUCUCUGAAGGAGGUAUUAAGCACCUCAUACCGUUAGUUUAUUUUGGCGAGCAAAUGGUACAGUUUCCCUCCUUUAUAUUACUAUGUUAUCUUGCGAUGCAUGUCCCCGAUAGUGAGGAAUUAGCUAAGGAAGACGUGCUCAUUGUGUUGGAAUGGGCCACGAAGCAGGCAACUUUAAUGCAGGAUAAAGAACUUGAAACCUUAGCUUAUGAAGGGAAAAAGAGAUUGGAACUCUACCAAUCCAGGGCCUCAAAAGGAUACCAUUGAUUUUUUUAUGUAUAGUAUUUCUUGGUACAUCAUAGAAAUAUUUAGGCCUCUUGAAGAAUUACAUUUUAACCAAUACUUAUGUAGGGUAGAUAGCAUUAGUUUCAUCAAGAGUGUAGUGUAGGAUUAGCAUUCUUGUAACAUACUAUGCUACAAUGCUUAUCUGAAAAUUACAAGU